AUGGUUUCCAAAACAGUUCCCAAAGCAGCUUGGGUGGUCGUGUUAACAAGCACCAACAACUAUAUAAAAGGCGCCAUUGCCCUCGCACAGGCGUUGAGGAUGACUCAAAGCCUAUAUCCAUUGGUGGUAUUAUACACAUCGGCAGUGACAAAACGAGCCGUUCAACUACUAAAGGAUGCCGGGUGUCGUGUCCAACCUAUCAAUCCUAUUCACCCACCGGGUAAAACUCGGUACGUCUUUGAGCGAUUUGUGGAGACGUGGACCAAGCUGGCCGUAUGGAAUUUGGAAGAAUACGAACGUGUAGUGCUGUUGGAUGCGGACAUGUUACCAUUACAAAAUAUGGAUGAGCUCAUGAUGGAUAUUGCGUUACCGGAUGAACAUCAUAUUGCAGCAAGCCAUGCCUGCACUUGCAAUCCACAAAAGAUAAAGACGUAUCCUGCUGACUGGAUCCCUGCCAAUUGCGCCUAUACAAACAAUGCCACCAGCAAGAGUGUUGAUUACUUUAAUAGUGGCCUAAUUGUCUUUAAACCAUCAAGGUCAAAGUUUCAAGAAAUCAUUUCACAUCUCUAUCGCAUCCCCGAUUUGACAAGCUACCGAUUUCCUGAUCAAGACUUUCUCAACGAGAUAUUCGAGCAUAGGUGGAUUCAUCUCCCUUACAUUUAUAACGCGCUAAAGACCUUGGCCGUAGCCCAUCCUACCAUGUGGAAAUUUCAAGAGGUCAAAAACAUCCACUACAUCUUAUCCAAUAAGCCAUGGGAUGAUUAUGAAGAUGACAAGCGGUACUCAGCACAAUAUCGUGUAUGGCAAGAUGUAUACACGGAAGCAAUCAACCAUGCAAACCUUUCAACUAGUGAUAUCCAAUCAGCUCUCUCUACCACCCAAUAA